UUUGCACAAUACGAAAACAUCUGUUUAUCUAAAACUCAUGAUUUUUAUGUUUGAAUUAAAAUUCUUAUAUUUUUACAACAUCUCGAUAAAAUACAAAGAUAAUUUACAACCUGGUAGAUAAAAUAUCUUUGAUAUUUAGUAUAAAUAUUGGUAGCUGAUAAAAUAUGCUUAAACACUUUACGGAGGUGAGUAGCUUUACAUAUUUUUGAUUAAAUAGGUUUUAAGUACACAAGAGGAACUCGAUGGCGCAAGUGGUUAGUGCAUUUAGCUGCGUCGUUGAAGUUAAGUAACAUUCGCAUUGGUCGGUCAUUAGAUGGGAGACCAAAAAUUUACUAUCUCUUCUUCCUCCGUGCUUCGGAAGAUACGUUAAGCUGUUGGUCCAGGCUGCAUCUGUAGUCGUUAGCACCUACCAAUCCACCCUGGGCCCGCGUUGUGGAUCGUGGCCCAAUUUCCCUAUUCCAUGGGAAGGCCUGUGCCCCAGCAGUGGGGAUAUUAAUAGGCUGAUGAUGAUGAAGUAUACAACAAAAAGUAGGUAAUUGCUGCUAUCGGAAUAUAGAUUAUCAAUAAAUCAUCAUCAUCAACCUAAUAGGACAGUAUUACUUACUACUGCUGGGGCAUGGAUGAAAUAGGGAGAAUGGGUCAUCACCCACUAUGCAAGAUUGGUGGGUGCAGUGACAGCAGAUGCAGCCGGGAGUAACGGCUUAAUGUGCCUUCCGAAGCACGGAGGAGCUCAAUAUUCUAUAAUUUUUGAUCACACCACCAAUGACCGGCCAUUGCGAAAGUUGCUCGAAAGUUCAACGAUCACAGACCGAACGCACCAAAUACUUGCGCUAUCGAGAUCCUCAACAUAUUUAAAUAUUGUUACGGAAAAGCUGCUGACUCACAUAAUACAAGGCAAAAAUUCAAUCACCAAAGUCAUGAAAUUCUUCGUCGUAUUCGCGGCUGUGGCCGCCGUCGCCUGCGCUACCCCCACCAUGUGGACUCUCAGCGAGUUGGACCAGGCCAUCCAGAACCCCACCACCAGUGCCAACUUCAAGCCUGUGCUGCUGAAUGCCCUUGACGUAUUCAUGAACAACCUUUUUCAAGGUCAUGAGGUGGUCCCUAUGUCGAUCACGACGCAAGCUGGCUCCGUCGGAACCUUCAGUCUCACAGAGCUGAGCCACGCCAUUGAAAGCGAACAAAUCGACGCCAUCUUCAUGCCGUACUUUGAGAAAGCCCUCAACACGAUGAUGACCGCUCUCUUCUCUGGACAAAAUAUGAACGAGAUCUCCGUGGACGUGCCCGCCUUCAUGAUCUCCGCUUGGACCCUGAAGGAGUUGGACGACGCUGUGACCAGCUCCGAGACCAACCCCAAGCUGCUGCCCUACCUCGAAGAUGCUUUGAACAAAUUUGUAGCCGCUGUUUUCUUCGGACAAACUAUUGACAACAUUGUUGUCGUAGCGCCCGCUGAUUUAUUCUCCUCCCCGUCCCCCGCGCCCGCGCCCGCUGCUCCUGUGGCUGUUGGCGAACCUGUAGUACAAGAUGCACCUUCAGAAUCCGCCUCCAUCAGCCCCCUCGUGCAAAUCAUCUUGAACGUUCAAAGCAACCAAAUAAAUCGCGAUGACUGAUUACACAUUGGGUGUUGUCCUCCGCUCGCCGACCCAUUCAAAGAUUACAAGGAGAGGAAGGGGCAUUGCUGUACAGUUUGUUAAAGAUCUUGAGUUAAAAAACAUCUACAGUGUUAUUUAAAGUAGGUAAUAAUAUAUACAUAUAUAUAUAUUGUGUACUUAUUUCGUCGACUGUUGAUUAAAAUAAUAAAUGUGCAUGCCCUCCGAGGGGCCACAGUGGAAAACGUAGGGUUCAUGCCUUUACAAUAAAGUUUUUUGGCAGAAAUUCAAAAAUAACUGUAGCCAGAAUAAUGAUUUUUAUUUAAAAUUGUAGAGCUACCUUCGAAAGAAUUAUAUUGAGCGUUCGGUUAUUUCAUUGGAAGAUUUUUAAAAUUUUAUUGUCUAUGUAUGAAUUUAUUAUUUAAUUUACUAAUAAAGUAUUUUAUUUAAAAUUCUUG